GGGGGGGGAAGAGAUCAGAGGAUCCCCUCCGACUUGGAGUGCAGUUUCAGGCCGGAGGCAGGUUGCAAGAAUUUUAUAUUUUGACCGCUGACGGAGGAGAAACCUGCUUUGUAGAUGGCUUUGGAUGCAAAAAAAUCUCCUUUAGAUGCUCCUUUGAGUGUGAAAGCCAAGCGCUAUGGUAGGUGGAAUAACGGAGAGAUUGAGAGGGACUACUCUGAGUUAGUCGGAAAGGUUUGUCAGCUUUCUAACGCGGAGGAUGAAAAGCCCUUGCCUCAGGGAACUGAGGGCGAAGAGCCUGGAGCUGUAGAAGGAGCCACUAGCAAACUUCCUACCCUUUCCCCACGGAAUCCAAAACACCAUCAAGUGUCAUUAAUAUCUUGUAACAGGUUUUGCAAGAGAAAAGCAAGAUACGUGGAGAGAAAGCCACUCGUUAGCAAGACCACUUGCAUCAGUGAAGUGCUUCCUCGUUUUAACAGAGUUGGUUUGUUCCCCAAGGACCAACAGAUAACGGCCGAGUGCUCGAAUUCUGCAGAGCUGCUUCAAAGUGCGGCAGAACCCCCGGCGGUUCUUCCAUGCUCCACCAUGGAUUCUAAACUUUACAGCCCCUCCAUUGAAUCCCUCCACAACCUUGAUGCUGACUGUAAGAGCCAGACAGCAUUCAAUUAUUCGUCUACUCCAAAAGCUUUGCUUAGUAAAAGAAUAUCUUGUUUUGAUGCCUCAACACCAUUAUUCUCAAAGACUAGCCUUUCCUUAGAGACUUCUGAAGAUGGUGAUUGUGAGCUACACAACCAGACAAGGUCAAAAAGCUUCUCGGCUGCUGGCGCUGUUCCAUCUUGGCAUCUGCACAGACUGUCGGAUUCCAAAGAAACGUCCAUAACAGGCACACCCAAGCAAAUAACUGUGGACUGCCGUUCGCCAGCGGGACAAGUAAGGCAGAUGUCCUCCUUCCAGGCAGAUUACUGGGCAUGUGCGAUACCGGAUUCCCUUCCACCCUCGCCGGACCGCCAGUCCCCCCACUGGAACCCCAAUAAAGAAUAUGAGGACUUGCUUGAUUACACGUAUCCCAUAAGGCCAAAAUACAAACUUGCAAAGAACCUCAAGUAUGGAAUGCGUGAAUCUUCCAUCCACGAUUCGGGGAUUGACCUGGACAGCCUUUCUGUUUCACCGGAGAGUACCUUGAAAUCAACGAGUGUACCAGGCCAAGAGCAUCAAGCUAUGGGGGUCCAGAGUGCGCAGAGAUUUCAGACCCCCCUUUUGAAAAAGUCUGAACGCUCAGCUCCAGUUUCUCACUACAGACUUUCGCCUGUUGGGAAAGUGUCUUUUGCGGAUGUCAGUCCUUCUAUUGGUAGAACCAUUUUUUCUAGAGACCUGGAGCAGAGUUUCUCUCCUAGAUGCUCUGGACCAUGUUCAUCUGAUUCAACCAACAUAAGGAAGCAAAGCUGCAACAUGAGGGAAUAUAAUGAUGCUACAAAGAACACCAGCAAACAUGACUGUAUCGUAAGGAGAGAUGCUGCUGGUAGCUUCAUACGCUCUACAAGGAUGUUGCCGUUACAGAAUGUAUGUUGUAGUGAUGAGGAAUAUCUCCCUCUUCCGCCACGGCUCAAGGAAUUGGAGGUGUUGGCUCAGCAACUGACUGAUCUCUCAUUAACAAUGAAACCUGGGCGUGACCACUUAGAAAGCAGUUUCCCAUCCCUCGGUGUAAACGGAGAGUACAUUCCACCGGAGGUUCGUGGAAGUGAUGAGAGGCAGUGGGAAAUAGAUUGCGAUUCUUGUUGUACGGGCAGCUCUCAGGAAGACCUGAGUAAUCAAAGCUGUAAGGACUGUUUGAACACAGAGAGAGUGAGUGGUAACGCUGGUGCAAGGGAUUUUGUAGGAAUGGAAUGCAUGGAGACUGGAAGUGAUCAUCAAAAAGAGGAGGAGGCCCAUCGCGGAGACUCUCUUGCACAGCGUAUUAAGGUAUUUUGCUGUCAGCUAGAAGAGCUGAUUCAUUGGUUGCACAAAAUAGCGGAAGUUACUGACAACUGGAUACCACCCAAGCCAGAUGUUGAAAGUGUUAAGGCAUCAUUACAAAGUUAUCUGGCGCUUAAAAAGGACUUAGCCAGCCACCAGGUGCUGACAGAGAGUGUCUUGCAAGAUGGUGAAAGACUCCUUAAAAGUAUAGCAUCCAAUUCACCAGUUUUACAGCACACCCUCCGUUUGAUUGCAAAACAAUCCAUUGAGCUUGAAAGCAAUGCCGACUGCUUGUACGAGUCGAUUCUGGGAGCUCUGGAUGCUUUGGACGCCGGCCUGAGGAAGAGCUGUGAUGUUCGACAACCAGCUGGUCAGACGGAGGCAUCGAAAAGGUUAAUGUCAGCCACACUUUAAGGGGCUGCUUCAAUAAAGAAUAGCCUGAAACUGAACAGAGGCUUUGUGAUGUUUGGAACAGCUUGGUUUCUUUUUUUCCCACGAAGGUGACUGAAACUACAUGAAGCUGAAUUUUAAGAGAAGAAAUGAGAGUUACUGGCUUUCAGCCGGAUGUCAUAUUGUUGGAGUAUGAAUGAAGAUCCUUUUUCACAGAUGGCUUAGGGAACGUCCUCAGCAUUCGUGGGUUUUAAAACCGUCCUUUUACAAGCCUUCGUUUGAACAAGCUGCACGUGGCCGGUGCCUGUUGCCUACGUAGUUUUGUUACCUUUUCAAUGAAUGGUUUAUACUGUGUUAACCUUGCUCCUAUGGAAAACUGUAUUUCAAAUAAAAACUGGAUUUUAA